CGCGCACUGGCAGCACCGCUUCUCCCCGCGCAGUAGCACCCGUGUCCUCGCCCGACGCGGGGGGACACGCACCCACCGCAGCCAGACCUCGGGCCGCAGCAGCAAAAGGGCAGCGGCCGUGCGCUCCUACAGCGCCGAGCACCGCGGGGACGGGGCGCGGGGAUCGGGGCCUUAUCCGGCUCAGUCCGACCCCGCUCCCCUCGCCCGGCCCCGCUCCCCGCGGCCCCGCUCCCCGCGGCCCUCACCCGGCCCCGCUCCCCGCGGCACCACUCCCCGCUCCCCUCACCCGGCCCCGCUCCCCGCGGCCCUCACCCGGCCCCGCCGCUCCCGCAGCAUACGCGGCCCCGCGCGCAGCAGCAGCCUCCCCGUCGCCAUGGCAACGCCGCCACCGUUCCCCGCGACCCCCACCCGCCUCCGGCCCAGAGCGUCCCGGCGUGGGCAGGCUCCGCUCUGGCCCCCCCUCUCGAUGGUUCCGGCAGCGGAAGUCGGGCGCGCUGCUCCGGCAUGGCGGCCUGCGCGCCGGGGCCUGCGGGCGGCGCGGCCGAGGUGCCCGAGGCGGAGCGGCGCUUCCUGCGGCAGCACCCGCUGCUCAGCCUCGUGCAGCCGGGCCGGGCUGACGGGACACGAGAUGCUGUGCCGGCUGUCGGACCUGCAGGCUUACACUAAUGGCAAGAAGUACCAGCGGCUGAUAAAGACAGCCAGAGAGUUUGACUACAGCACGUUUGAGCCCCACAUAGUGCCCAGCACAAAGAACCUACACCAGCUGUUUUGCAAGCUGACUCUCAGGCACAUCAACAAGUGUCCAGAGCAAGUGCUGUCUCAUGUCCAGGGGAAGCGCUAUCGGAAGGCCCUAAAAACAUAUGAGGAGUGCCAGAAGGAAGGAGUGGAGUACAUCCCUGCCUGCCUGCGACAGAAGCAGCAGCGGACACAGCACCCUAAUGACGGGAGCAGGCAGCCUUGCAGGAAAGAGGAAUUUUGGGAGCCAGAGUCCAGCAAUGAAGAUGGAGAGGAGACGGACGAUAGCAUGAGUGACCUGUACCCACCUGCACUCUUUCCGGGAAAAAGCCCAGCAGCUCCACAAACCACAAAGGGCAGUGAUGACUUUGCAACAGACAGUGAGGAUGAUGGGACCAAGCAGAAUGGUGACAUGAACGGAGAGGAUGGCGGAAGAACAGACGUCAGCAGAGCUGGUGGCAACAAACGGGGAAAGAAACAGUCAGGCCCUUUAAAGAAGAAAUUCAAGAGUCAUCAUCAAAAACCCAAGAACUUGAAGAAAGCAACCAAUGGCAAAUAAACUUUGUGAUAAAUAGA